UGAGCGCUGUGGGAGAAGCUGCUGCUCUUCAGGAGAAGAUGGUUGAUGGAGAGAGUGAGGUGCCGCCCCUGCCUCCCCGGUUCAGGUUCAGGGAUCUGCUGCAGGGGGAUCAGACCUGGCUGAACGAUGACAAGGUGCAAGUUGAAUUCUACACCAAUGAGAACACUUUAAAAGAACGACUCAUGCUGUUCUUCAUCAAAAAUCAAAGAUCAAGUCUCCGAAUACGUUUCUGCCACUUCUCGCUGAAGCUGCUCAGCUGUGUUUUGUAUAUAUUUCGAGUGCUGACGGACCCGGAGUGUGCCCUCAAGGCGCCAGAACGCAUAAAGUGCGUCUCGAAGUCUUUUUAUAAUUACACCCAUAAUUACACCCUGUUUGAAAUAGACUGGACUCCAAUCAUUUGGGUGGAUCGUAGUUUCGCCCUGUGGGCUCUACAGGCGUUCGUAGCGAUCGUAUGUCUGUGUGAAACGACUCUGCUGACGUAUUUAAGCUACAAGGGGAAUAUCAGGGAGCAGAUCUUUCGAGUGACUUUUAUUCUGGAGAUCAUCAACACCGUGCCCUUUCUGAUAACAGUUUUCUAUUUUCCCCUCCGGAAAAUGUUCAUCCCUCUGUUCCUCAACUGCUGGUUGGCUAAACACACGCUGGAGAAUAUGAUUAAUGAUUUUCAUCGAGCGAUACAGAGGACACACUCGGCCAUGUUUAAUCAGGUCCUGAUCAUGAUCUCCACACUCCUGUGUCUCAUUUUCACGUGUAUAUGUGGGAUUCAGCAUCUGGAGCGCGCCGGGAAGCAGCUGAGCCUCUUCGACUCGGUCUACUUCUGCAUCGUCACCUUCUCCACCGUGGGCUACGGAGACAUCUACCCAAUCAUCUGGCCCUCCAAGCUGCUAGUGGUCAUAAUGAUAUGUGUGGUUCUUCUGGUGCUGCCGAUCCAGUUUGAGCAGUUGGCGUAUCUGUGGAUGGAGCGUCAGAAGACCGGAGGGAACUACAGUCGACACCGGGCCAAGACGGAGAAGCAUGUGGUGCUGUGCGUGAGCUCAAUCACAAUCGACCUGCUGAUGGACUUCCUCAACGAGUUCUAUGCCCACCCCAAACUGCAGGACUACUACGUCAUCAUCCUGUGUCCUGCAGAGAUGGAUGCUCCAGUGCGUCGGGUCUUGCAGAUCCCGCUCUGGUCUCAGAGGGUCAUCUACCUCCAGGGCUCCGCCCUCAAAGACCAGGACCUCUUCAGGGCCAAGCUGGAUAAUGCAGAAGGAUGCUUUAUCCUGAGCAGUCGCUGUGAAGUUGACCGUACUGCAGCUGAUCACCAGACGAUUCUCCGUGCUUGGGCAGUGAAGGAUUUCGCUCCAGGAUGUCCUAUUUAUGUGCAAAUCCUCAAACCAGAGAACAAGUUUCAUGUGAAGUUUGCAGAUCAUGUGGUCUGUGAAGAGGAGUUUAAAUAUGCUCUCCUGGCUCUGAACUGCAUCUGCCCCGCCACCUCCACCCUCAUCACCCUGCUAGUGCACACCUCCCAGGGCCUGGAGGGACAGCAGUCUCCUGAGGAGUGGCACAGGAUCUACGGCAGAUGUUCCGGUAACGAGGUGUACAACAUCGUCCUGAAAGACAGCGUCUUCUUCACCGAGUACGAGGGAAAGAGCUUCACUUAUGCCUCCUUCCACGCGCAGAAGAAGUAUGGCAUUUGUCUGAUUGGAGUUUGCCGUGAAGAGAGUAAAACCAUCCUCCUGAACCCGGGCCGUCAGUACACCAUGAACGCUUCAGACACCUGCUUCUACAUCAGCAUCACCAAGGAGGAGAACUCCACCUUCAAGUUCCACAGAGAAUGCAGCAAGAAAAACUCCAAAUCCAACCUUCCAGUGCAGCACAUGCUGGCCAGCAUGGGCACCGUGGCCAUUGACCUGCAGGACACCAGCGCCCCUGUGAGUCGUAGCUCCACCCUGUCUGUUCCAGCCGACCCUUUAAAACCCAACAGCAAGAGACCCAGCAUCGGCCCGGUUCUGGAGGUUCCAGUGUCCCCCCUCCUGAAUGGUGGGGAAAGCGACCAGUCUGAAGAUGAUGUGUCCUGCUGGGGGGAUCAGUCUAAUGACGGAUAUAUCAUGGGAUAUCCUCCUAACCUGCCCUACAUUGGAAGCUCUCAGACGUUUUGCCAUUUGUUGAAAGAGAAAAUGCCUUAUUGCUGUCUUCGACUAGAGAAGAAGUGUCGACACAACCAAUGUGAGGAUGCCAAAGCGUACAGCUUCUGGAACAAGCCCAUCAUAGUAUCAGCAGAGACAGCAGGAAACGGCCUGUACAACUUCAUCCUGCCCUUACGAGCCUCCUACAGACCCAGGAAGGAGCUGAAGCCCAUCAUCCUGCUUCUGGACAACCUACCUGACGUACAAUUUCUUGAGACCAUCUGUUGGUUCCCAAUGGUGUACUACAUGGUUGGAUCAUUGGACAGUCUAGACGACCUGCUGCGCUGUGGUGUCUCGCUCGCCGCUAACAUGGUGGUGGUGGAUAAGGAGAGCACCAUGAGCGCUGAGGAGGACUAUAUGGCAGACGCCAAAACCAUAGUCAACGUGCAAACCCUCUUCAGGUUGUUCUCCAGUCUCAACAUCAUCACUGAACUCACACAUCCAGCCAACAUGAGGUUCAUGCAGUUCAGGGCUAAAGACCGUUACUCGCAGGGUCUCUCUAAACUGGAGAAGAAGGAGAAGAUGAAGGGAUCGAAUCUGGCCUUCAUGUUUCGUCUGCCGUUCGCAGCAGGAAGGGUGUUCAGCAUCGGCAUGCUCGAUACUCUACUCUACCAGUCGUUUGUGAAGGACUAUGUGAUCGCCAUCACCAGACUGUUGCUCGGCCUGGACACGACCCCGGGCUCUGGCUUCCUCUGUGCUAUGGAAAUCACGGAGGACGAUCUGUGGUUACAGACGUACGGCAGACUGUACCAAAAACUCUGCUCCACGGUGGGAGAUAUUCCAAUCGGCAUCUACAGAACCGAGUUCCAGAUGAACGAAUCUCUCGAGCUCUCGCAGUCGCAGCUGUCUGUAAAUAUGGACGACCUCGAGGAGGUGAAGGAGCAGCGAGACGGAUCUCAGACUUUCCGAACCUCAGAGUCUUCAGACAGUAAGCAGCCGCUGCUGCUGAGGAGGAAGAGCCUGCAGUGGACGCGCUACCUCAGCCGUAAGAGCCCCCGGCAGGGGCCCGGGGCCGAGAGGGGCUUUCGGCAGCGGUGCGGCCGCCUCCCUCGCUCCGAACGGCAAGAGCUGGCCGAGCUGGUGAAGAAGCGCAUGCAGAACCUCGGCCUGAGCUCCACAGGAUACGACGACAUGAACGACAGCCACAGCUUCCACUCGUACGUCUUAAUCAACCCUCCCCCAGACACCAGACUGGAGCUUCACGACACCGUGUACAUCAUACGUGAGGACCCGUUCUCGUUUGAUUCGAAGGACGUGGACAGCAGGAAGAGCAGUGUGGGGAACACGUCGUGGACAGGAGACAGCCAACAGCUGGAGAGUCAAGUCUGAUUCCCAUUU